UUGAGGUCCUCGGAAGAGCAAAGCUCCGCUGGCCGUUUACCGUUUGCUAGCUGAAUGCCUCCUGCUUGGCCAAAUCCAAAGCGGAAUGCAAAGCCAAGUCGAAAGCCAACCACCAGCACCAGCACCAGCACCAGCAGCAACAUCACGGCAGCAACACCACGGCAGCAAGAGCACGACAGCAACGACAGUAACUGCGACGACAAAACUCCUGGUGCACAUUAACGCAGGCAACAGUUUAACGUGGAAAUUAUUGCGAAUUUGUUGUGUGUUUUUCUGCGACGCGUGCCAGUCGCAAUAUCGCACAUUGCAUAUCGCGUGCACGGCAGCAACAUUGCAAAGUUUGAUUUUUUUUUGUUUGAGCAGUAGCAUGUUUUCUUGUUGACAACAGGCAAUUCUAGGCAUAAGAUUCAAAAGAUAUCGCGUGCAUGCCAUUUUUUUUUUGGUUACCACCAUGGUCUUUUGUUGACAAGAUCUGGUCGUAGAUUUAAAUAUUAGCCAUUUAAAAUGCCGCAGCGUUCGCCUUUUGCCAUACAAGAGCUGCUGGGCUUGGCGGUGGCAGCGGCCACAGAAACGCCAACCGAUUUGACGACAACAACGACAACUGUUGCCGGUGCAACGUUGGCGAAAGAGCGCCGAACGCCAACACCGCCAAAGACAACAACAAAUUCCACGAUGGCAGCAGGCAAUCUAGCAACAACAGCAGCAACAGCAGCAACAGCAACACCAAUACUUAGUACAGCAGCAACAUCGUUCGGCAGUGGGGCAGCAGCAACACCGACUGAGGGCAAUAUAACAUCCAGUUUGGAGCCACAGCAGCACCACCAGCAACAGCAGCAGCACCACCAUUACCGGGAGCACCACCAAAUGACCAUGGCGGCUGCGUCGCGAAUGGCCUACUUCAAUGCCCAUGCGGCGGUGGCCGCGGCUUUUAUGCCCCACCAACUGGCCGCGGCGGUGCACCAUCAUCAUCAGCAUCAGCAUCACCACCCGCACCACCCGCACGGUGCCGCUGGGGGGCCACCGCCGCCGCCGCCAAUGCAGCAUCACCACCCGCACCAUCCGCACCACCCACUGCUGCAUGCGCAGGGAUUUCCGCAGCUGAAAAGUUUUGCCGCAGGAGCUGGAAGUUGUUUGCCCGGUUCCCUGGCGCCCAAGGACUUUGGCAUGGACGGGCUGAAUGGUUUUGGAGUGGGUCCGAAUGGCAAAAAGAAGAAAAAGAAGCGACGGCACAGCCGCACCAUAUUCACAAGCUACCAACUGGAGAAACUGGAGGAGGCCUUCAAGGAAGCCCAUUAUCCUGACGUUUACGCUCGGGAGAUGCUGUCGCUAAAGACGGAGUUGCCUGAGGAUCGCAUACAGGUCUGGUUCCAGAAUCGCCGGGCCAAGUGGCGCAAGACGGAGAAAGUCUGGGGCGGCAGUACGAUUAUGGCGGAGUACGGCCUCUAUGGGGCCAUGGUGCGGCACUCGCUGCCUCUGCCAGAUACGAUCCUCAAGUCGGCCAAGGACAACGACGCGGUGGCUCCCUGGCUACUAGGCAUGCACCGCAAAUCGAUCGAGGCACAGUCGGCGCUCAAGGACGACUCGGGGGUGAGCGACCACGAGGACUCGGCUGGGUCGAAGUCCGCCCACUCGGAGGACCUUUCCCGCUCCCGAUCCCGCGCCCUCAGCUCCUCCACCGAGUCCUUGAACGUGGUGAGUCCUGCACCCAGCAGCUGCACCACCUCCGCCUCCACGGCCCCGCCCACCUCGACAAACGGCUACGCGGGGGCGGCCUCCUCGGCGGCUACCACGCCCACCGGCGCCAACAGCUCGGGGAGUCCCCACAUCGAGCUGAGUUCGCCCUCACCGCAGCAACUCCAAAUGCAACAACAUCAUCAGCAUCAGCAGCAGCAGCAGCAGCAUCAACAGCAGCAGGUACCGCUCUACAUGGGCGGUGGCGUUCGGGGGAGUGGCAGUGCUCCGCCCAGCUACCAUCCGCUGCUGGACGCCGCCAAUGCCGCUGGCGCAGGAGCAGCCGCCUCCAGCAAGGACUUCCACCUGAUCAUGAACACCGCCGUGGCAGCGGCAGCCGCAGCUGCUCAGCAGCAACACCAGCAGCAGCAGCAGCAACACCAGCAACAGCAGCAACAGCAGCAACAAUCGCAGGGGACGGCGGCAACAAGUGGGUUGCACGCUCACCACUUGGCAGCCGCCCUCAUGGAACACGAUCCCGAUGCCUUUAGAAACAACUCCAUUGCCUGUUUGAGGGCAAAGGCGCAAGAGCACCAGGCCCGGCUCCUGAACAACGGCGGACUUUUCCUGCAGGUGCGAAGGUUUGCCCAAGGCCAGAUGCAAGUCCAGGACCCAAGUGAUAUGCUCAAGCUCAACGAGGAACACAGCAACAACAACAACAAUACCCCGCAAUCCAUUUCCAUAAACCCAUCCCAUAUACAUGCCCAAUCAAAUGUCAAAAUGGAGCUGACGACCAACGGAGAUUCGAUGAAAACCUGCGGGGAGAUCUAAUGAAAGCCCCACUAAAUUGAAAUCCAAAAACAUCCAAACCAAAAAUAAGAGAACCUUUUUUUUACUAGACUUAAGGAACAUACAUAACUCUUGACUUAAGCAUAAGAUCUGUAAUCGAAUAUUUUAAACAGUAGCAUACAUAUGCUGCAUUUAGCUGUAAAAAUACGAAAUCGAAAUAUUUUUAAUAAAUUCUUCAUUGAAAAUAUUUUUUGUUUGCAAAUAUAAUUAAAUAGUUUGUG